CAUUUCUCUCAAAUUAUCUCACUAUCUCAUUCUUCCUGGCCAGCCAGCUCUCCUCACUUUGUUCUUUCUCUUACCAUUUUUUUUUCUUUUUCUCUCAACACAACACAAACUCUCCUCUCUUCACUCCCUUACUCUUCCGCCAGUACCACUCCUCACCACUUCCACCACCAUUUUUCAGCAAGAUCACCCUAAAAAUUCAUAGGAAAAAGGUUCUAGCUAAUCUCCUUUGGAGCUUGAAGAGUUAAGCUUUUUACAGGUUGCAAGGUAUAAGUACCUUGGUACACUAUGCCUCCUAGAAAGAAACACAUAGAGUAAGGCAUGUAGAUGAGGUUACAACUUCAGAGCAUGGCCAUAAGCAACGCCAAGAGCAUGAGAGAUCUGUCACUCUUGAUGGUGGUGAGAUUGAUAAGGUGGUAGUGGCAGACAGGAUUUAUGCUAGGAUUGCUAGAGGGGUCCAGGGUGGUGAAUGUAGGAAGGAGGGUUGCUCUUUUGGGGAGUUCCAUAAGCAAAACCCUCCAACAUUUGAUGGGGAGCCUAAUCCUAUGGUAGUAGAGAAUUGGCUGCUAAAGAUGGAAAAAUUACUAAGAACCUCAAAUGCACUGAUGCUCAGAAGGUGGUUUAUGCCACUUUUGCUCUUCAGGGUUCUGCUAAGAGAUGAUGGACAGGCAUUGAGCAUUUGUUGAGGAUGGAGUUAGGAGAGAACACUCCCAUUACUUGGGAGAAGUUUAAGGAAGUUUUUAAUGGGACAUACUUCCCCGAUAUAGUGAAGGACCGUAAGACAAGAGAAUUUUCUAAUUUGGUUGAGAAAGCUAUGACAGUAGAGGAGUAUGCUGCUAAGUUUGUUAAGCUCUCUCGCUUUGCUCCUUACUUGAUUCUAGAUGAGCCCAAGAAGGUGAAAAAGUUUCGGGAAGGCCCUAAUGGUAGGAUUCAUCCCCUUAUUAUAGCCUCUAGAGUGGAUACUUUUACUGAGACUGUGAAGUGGGCAAUGAAUCUUGAAGAAGACUUUAAGUGCAACCUUGGCUCCAAGAAUGAAGAAAAGAAGCAAGAACCCUUUGGUUUUCAACAUGGAGAGGGUCAGGGGCGAAAUUCGGAGAAGGGAUUCUUUAUAAAGUUUAGUAAUGGGGAUCAUUCUUAUGGGCAAGGCAAGCGUAGCCCUCAGUUUGGUAAGAAAUGGCCUUGCAUUCGCUGUGGUAAAACCCAUAAAGGUCAAACUUGCAUGGAAGGAGUAAAGGUGUGCUAUACUUGUAAGCAACCCGGGCACUUUGCUAGGCAAUGCCCAAUUACUAAGGGCUCGGAUUCCUCUUCCUCAUCUCAAGUUGCAAAGGGUAAUGAUAAUGGGAAGAAGGUGCAAGGUAGAGUGUAUGCCUUGACUACUCAGAAUGUUCAGGCCACAGACAUCAUGGUUACAGGUAUACUUCCUUUGCUCUCCACACAUACUAGAGUUCUUUUGACCUUGGUUAUAUGCAGUAUUUGUUCCUAGUGCAUUUACUAGAAGUUGUGAUAAGAGCUUGGAACUACUUGAUUUUAAGUUAUUAGCUUCUACCCCAAUCAGUGAUAUUAUAUGGAAUAAUCUCGUGCUUAAGUCUUGUAUCUUUUUGGGGGUAGAGAGUUAUUGGCUAAAAUGGUGUUGCCAGAUAAGUAUGAUUUUUAUGUUAUCCUAGGCAUGGAUCGGUUAGCUUCUUAUCAUGCUUGCAUGCAUUUUAGGGAGAAUGAUGGGUCUAUAAGGUUAUGUACCAAUUACCAUGAUCUAUAUUGAGUUAUCGUCCUUUUUCCUUACGUUGAUGACUUGUUUGACUAGUUGCAAAGAGCACAAGUAUUAUCUAAGAUUGGUCUUAUUUGGGUGACCACUAGUCAAAAAUUUGGGACAUACUAAAGGCAACCUUUUGGAUUAGGUAUGGUCAUGAUGAGUUCCUAAUGAUGCUGUUUGGAUUAACCAAUACCCUACUCCCUUUUGGAUUUAAUGAAUAGGGUAUUUCAUGAAUACUUGGAUCACUUUGCCAUUGUGUUUAUUGAUGAUAUUUGAUUUACUCUAAGAGUUAGGAAGACAAUAAGGAACACUUGAGGAUUAGAAAAAAAAAAAAAAAAAAGGAAAAAAAAGAAGAAGAGAAAAUAAGUUUUGUUAAAUUGAGGAAGUGUGAAUUUUGGUUGAAUCAAGUAGUGUUGUCAAGUUAUGUGAUUGCUAAGGAUGGAAUUACACUGGAUCUUAGUAGGAUAUAAGAACCAAUAGAAAGAUUUCCCCACAUGACUUGGAGUUGGCUAUAGUUGUGUUUGCUUUGAAAAUUUAGAGACGUGAUUUAUACAAGAGAUAAUAUUUGUAUAGGUCAUUUAGAGACAUACUUAGCUAGUUAAGAGUUCAACCAACUUUAGUAAAGAGAAUGAAAUUUUUGCAAGGCAGUGACUCUCAAUUGAUAUGGAUAAGGUGCAUAAAGGAAAGAAACCUAAGUUUAAUAAGUACAAUUUCGAGGGCGAAAUUUUUAUAAGAAGGGAAGAAUGUGACGCCCCAGGCUUUAAGGAAAAAAAAAAAGAUCAGAUUUUUAUGGAGACACACGUGACCCCACCUACCCCAUUAUUUCCCCACCACUCAUUUCUCUCAAAUUAUCUCACUAUCUCAUUCUUCUUGGCUGGCCAGCUAUCCUCACUUUGUUCUUUCUCUUACUUUUUUUUCUUUUUCUCUCAACACAACACAAACUCUCCUCUCUUCACUCCCUUACUCUCCCGUCGGUACCACUUCUCACCACUUCCACCACCAUUUUUCAGCAAGAUCACCCUAAAAAUCCAUAGGAAAAAGGUAAUGCUCACUCAAAAAAUUUAUAAAAAAAAAAAUGUCAUUCUAGCUUUAUUUCUAAGAAAAUCGAGCUGAGACAGGCUGAGAAAGAGACAAAAAUUUUCGUUCUGAGUUCCAUUCCAACCUAACCCGAGCUAGAGCAUUCCCAAAAAAAUAGUAUAAAUUUUCGUUCCGAGUUCCGUUCCUACCCAACCCGGGCUAGAGCA